GGUGAAAGAUGUUGAUUGAAGGACCUAUAAUUGAGAGCCACAUUCUAACGCAGUGUUCUUCCUCCUCCUCCUCCAUAUAGUUGAGAACCAAGGUUUGGUUUGGGCACCAUCUUCGUUGUUAUUAUUUAGCAAAGGGGAUCCUGAAAGUGCGAGGAGAAUGUCUACCGAUGAAGGAUAUGAUUUUGCGGAGAAAGUAGGUGUUGGGGGCAUGACAAAGGAAGAAGAAAGUGACAGCUUUUAUAAUUACCAUUCUGAAGAACUUAAGACUCCUAUAUGUUUGUCGGAUGACGAAGAAGUAGAUGGACCUAAACAACCUGUGUUCCCUCGAUUCUGCGAAGUGGCAAAGUUUGGUUUUCUCUGUCUUGAGCUAGAGAUGUUGUUCACUAACCUAUCAAGUUUUAAGACAGCUGUGAAGGAUUACACUAUCCAUUUGCAAAGGGAGAUAAAAUGGGUCAAAAAUGACAAGACUAGAGCUAGGGCAAAAUGCAAGCAACAAGAUUGCAAGUGGGAGAUCUUUUGUAGCUGGAGUGAGUUCUGUCAAAGUUUUCAAAUUAAGACAUUUGUUUCGAAACACACAUGUAAUGGAACAGGAUUUAAAAAUAAACAAGCUAAUAGUAAAUGGGCUGUUAAGAAACUAGAGGACAAAAUCAGAACCGAACCUAGCCUUAGUCGCUGUGAAGCACGUGCCUAUUUAAAGCGCGAGUUUGGGGUGCAUGUAGAUGAUUCAAAGAUUUAUAGAGCUAUGAAACGGGUUAGGGAAUUGGUUGAAGCGAGUGAAGAUACGUCACAAUCUGCCACAGCUUCACAACCAGUUCAACCACAACAAGAUAUACCUGCAAAUGAACUUGCUUACGCGAGUGUUGGUGAUAAUGUACCUGCAACUCCUUCUGAGUAAUAGCACCUGUCACAGCAUUGAUCAAGGUUCUGAGAUUCUAUUUUCUGAUAUUAAGGGCAAUUUUUUUGGAUUGUAUUUUCUGAUUUUGAUUGUGCGAAAGGUGCAAACUAUGUUCAGAUUUUAUAUCCAAACCAAACCCUCAUGAUGUAAAUGCACAUAGUAGUUGCAAAAUCUUGAUAUGGUAGAUUCCAUUGGAAUUUGAAUUACUGUUAUUUGAGUCAUAUAGAAGGUUGUAGCUGGUUGAAACC